AUGGGUAAAGCACAGAUGCACUUUCUCGUGUUCCAGCUGGCGGUCUCCCUUCUCAACCCAAUUCUGUCCAGAUCCGAAGAGGACAUGAGGUCUACUAUCCUUACUGCGCUGGAGAAGGCGACUCUUUUCCUCAACGACUCGUACGACGAGAUCAACUUAGAUGCGGUGAUGGGGUAUCGGAUGCUGCAAGGCUAUCUGGAUGCCGUCAAAAAGAAAUGGGACUCACAGCCCGGGUUGCAGCUUGCACAAGAACGUGUGGUAAGAUUGGAGGAACAGCUGUCGACGCUGAUUGACAAAGCAGAGCAGGCGGUGGAGCAGAAGACGCCGGGUUAUUACAGAUGGUUUGCCCCAGCGUUAGGCCUGGGCUUUUGGAAGAUUCCUCACCGGUGGACCCAGACAGACCCUUCUCUUGCUCCCUCCCUGACUAAUGGCACAGGGUGCCUCAGCGGAAAUAGAAGCGAUUCUUGCAUCUCGCAUUUGCUAGGAACAUGGGGAGAUGGUGCAGAACCUUGCUCUGUCCCAAAUUACUGCCCGGACGUUAUGACCAGAUUGGAUUGUUCUGGUUAUUCGCUGUCCCACCAGCUUUUGUAUUUCAUGUUUGCGGAUGCGAAAGAAUGCUCCAAUCCGUUGUUCCUCGAUGCCCCCUAUUACAAAGAAGUCUUCUGCGCUUCCAUGAAGCAAAUGAACGUGGAGGGAGAGAAAGAAGCCCGCCUGUAUACCUUUGGCGAUCUUUUUGUGGAAAACAUUUUGUUAUGCGGUAUGUCUGGAUUCUCGGACUUCUUCAAACCUCAGUGGCUGAGGAUCAUUCUGAACUGGCAGAAGCCAGAGAAGGGGUGUUUUUGGAUGUACGGUGACCAGUUUCAGUCCUCCAGCCAGAAUUCCAAAGAACCCAGCCAGGGAUUAAAAAGAGUGAAGAGACAAGAGAAAAUUCUCAAAGAUGGGUGUGCCUCUCAUAACACCGGCGUGGCCGUGGCAGCCCUCGGGGGAUUCCUUCAUUAUGGUUUCUGA